AUGGGAGCCCGAGCCCAGAUCGUGAUGGCUUCUGCCCUGAUGUAUGUCAUCCAGCUUCCUGGGGCAAGAGGUGAGGAGAACUGUGUCAAUCCAGAACAUUGCCUGACCACAGGCUGGGUACAUCUCUGGUAUAUAUGGUUGCUGGUGGCCAUCGGCGCGCUGCUCCUCCUAUGUGGCCUGACGUCCCUGUGCCUCCGCUGCUGUUGUCUGAGUCGCCAGCGAAAUAGGGAAGACGGGGGCCAACUGCCCUACGAAGUGACAGUCAUCACUUUUGAUCAUGACAGCACUCUCCAGAACACUAUCACUUCCUUGCAGUCAGCAUUUGGCCCUGCAGCUCGGAGAAUCCUGGCGGUGGCUCACUCUCACAGCCCCCUGGGCCAAAUGCCCUCCUCUCUGGACACCCUCCCAGGGCAUGAAGAGGCUCUUCACAUGACUCGCUUUACAGUGGCAAGGUGUGGGCAGAAAGCACCUGAUCCACCACCAGUGCCAGGAGAAAAGCAGCUGCCUGCAGUGGAGAAGGGGUCUCCUCCAAUAGAGCACUCUUCACACUGA